AUCAACUCAACGUUUAGUGGGUUCAAUUUGGUGCUCUCACCCUCAAUAGAAUUUUUAUUUCAGUCGCUAAAGUUUAAGGCAAUUGCCCACAACGCAACUAUUAGCUAUUCGACAAGAAAUGAGUUUUGAGAAAAUUGCCUCCAAGUGUGAAAUAUUAGUUCGCAUCUACCAACUAUUGGAUUUCGAAGAUCAGCUGCGAUUGGCGUGUGUCACCGAAACCUCAAAAGAGGUUUAUGAAAACCACAUAUGGAAGGAAAAGUACGCUAGUUUAGCAAUAUUUUAUCACAACGCUUUAGGCUAUGUGGUCACAAAUGAAAGUGGAGUUAAGCGGAGGCAUCUAACGACCAGCCAGUUCAAUGAAUUUGAGGAAUUCUAUGGCCAUGAGGUCUUAGAGUUGACCAUUGAAAAUUGCUAUCUAGAAAUGGAAAUCUGUAGUGAAGAAAAGAUUGAAGAGCACAUCAACAUGAAGAAAUUUCCAAACAUUACGAAGCUCCACGUUAAGGACAUGAUUGUGAAUUCUGAAUUUUUAGGCUACUUGGCUGAGAUCUGUCCCCAUUUGGAACAUCUCACCUUGGAUCAAUGUGUUGAAUGUGAAAGGAAAGCGUGUUCCGUAACCGCUAUCUGGGAUGUGGAAAGUUUUCUGAGAAUGAAACAUUUGAAGGCAUUGGAGAUUAAUUUUCAAAUAUGGCAAUUCUCAAUAGACUAUUUUAAACUAUUGGAAAUAAUAGAGAACUCGAAGUUACUGUAUUUGAAAUUGGAUGCCGAAGUGAAACCUCAAACACUAGGCAUGGAAAGCGAUAAGAGCAUAGCCACCCUAAGGACCUCUCAUAUGAAAGGGCUGUCAGUGAAAACCUCAUUUCCAUCGUUUCUAGACUUAUUUCAAAAUCUUUCUUGCCUGAAAUUGCACAUCUUGGAACCUGUACAUCAGGAUAUCUUAGAUGCUGUUGUACUGAAUUGCAGCAAUUUGGAGAUUUUUGAAAUCACAAAGACCACUUUCAGAACGCUGAAUUUUCCUUUGCCACCAAAGGCCAAAGAGUUGCGAUUAAUCGAAUGCAAAAAUUUAAAUUUUGCAAAUCUAAGGCAAAUAAUGGCCCAUCCGAGCAUAAUUAAGCUUAUAUCCCGCAAUACAAUUUACGACGGAAGUUGUGAGGACAAUUUCCAUAUUCCUCCACAACUGGAAAGUUUGGAAAUGGAUUGUAAUUAUAUGGGAGGAAAAUCACUUUUUGAUAUUGCUAAUGGCAAUGGUAAAUUAAAAGAACUGAUUUGGUAUCAUCCCACUUUCUGUCGUGCAAAUCCUAAUUUUCCCAAUGCAUGUCCGAAGUUAAACUUCACCAAUAAUUCCCUCGACGAUCCAAUGGGUUUGCUAUCCUUAAGCCGUUUAAAAGUUUUGGAAAAACUUGCCAUUCCACAUCCCUUAGAGCAUCUGAAUUGGUCUUAUAUCUUGGAGUUGCUGAAACAUCAUCCUUCCUUAACUGGAUUUACCAUUCAAAAUGGUUGUGGACACCUGAGUCCACAGCAGCCGCCUUCUACAGAGGUCGCACAGAGAGGUUUUCCUACAAAUAUCAAAGAGCUGAGUUUACCUUUGGACAUUUUCGAAUUGGCCUUGGAUUUUUGGUUGGAUCUCUUUAACUGCAAUGAGAAUCUCACAUCGCUUUGUUGUAGUUUUUCAAUGUGCGAUUUUGACUAUGACAGAUUGCUUAAGAAAUUGAUGGAGCAUGAAUCGUUUCCUAAGGACUUGAAGACAAUCGAUAUCUUUGGAUAUGAAAUAGAAUGCAGGGAUUUAAGAAAACACUUUUCGGCCACCAUAAAGAAGCUGAACAGAAGUAACUGCGAAGAUGCGUUUCGUAUACUGUUGUGCAAAACUGAUACGAAAUCUUCUCCAAAAUGUCAUGUGCUAGGAGCACAUAUAUAACUUUUUAUUAAAGUUUACAAAAUAAGGCUUGUAAAAAUUAAGAAAAAUUAUAUUAAACAUGAUUUCCAUACGAUUCCAAGAGA